AUGCCAAUUUUAUUUGCUGUCGUUGCACGGGGGACAACAGUCCUAGCAAAGUUUGCCACCUGUGCUGGUAACUUUACUGAAGUAACGGAACAGAUUUUGAUGAAAAUCCCUCCAGAAAAUUCCAGGCUUACUUAUUCUCAUGGACGCUUCUUAUUCCAUUACAUCACAGAAGACAAGAUUGUGUACAUGUGUAUAACAGAUGAUGAAUUUGACAGAUCUAAGGCAUUCAUGUUUCUAAAAGAAAUUAAACACAGAUUUCAGUCCCAGUAUGGAACAAGAGCCCAGACAGCUUUGCCAUAUGCGAUGAAUAGUGAUUUCUCUAACGUCCUGGCAGCUCAAAUGAAGAUUAUCUCAGAAGAAAAGCCUGAUCAGGUCACAAAAGUCGAGAACCAGGUCGAAGAGCUGAAAGGCAUUAUGGUUCAGAAUAUUGAUCGGUUAGCAGAGCGAGGAGAAAGACUAGAACUGCUGGUUGAUAAAACGGAGGAGCUAAAUGCAAAUUCAGUCUCUUUCAAAAGAACAAGUCGGAACCUGGCUAGAUCCAUGUGGUGGAAAAAUGUCAAGCUUCUUGUUCUUAUUGUUGUUGUUCUCGUAGUAAGUUCUGUUUAUUUCUUUUAG